AUGUGGAACCUUAUAAACUACAACUACAGCGGGGGAGACGCAACCGGCGAAGGCAAUGAUGAUGGAAACGACGCUAGCGGAAAUGGCAACGACACCGCCAACAAUUAUAACCUCUGGAGCAUGCUAGGAUAUGAGGACAAUCCGGGUGUAGAAGAAGAAGCUAACCAAAAUAGCAAUGAGCAAGAGGAAGUCCAGUCAAAGGAAAAAGAAAAAAAAAAAGCGGCAAAACAUUUCGUGAGAGUGAUUGACGAAGAUGGUAACGACGUUGUUAACAAAACGCUCGAAGAGAACAUAAACGAAAUGGACGAAGAUUCAUCAGAUAAACAGAAAAAAAAAAUGAAAAAAAAAAAAAAAAAAAAACAUUUGACUAGCGAAAAUAGGGACAAGUCCCCCUUCCUUAGCGAUCUCAGUUCCUAUGCUGAUUACGGCACAAGCGAUGAAGGUAGAGACCGGAAUGAGUCCCACGUAACGAAUGAGCAUGGUUUGGACAUGCAGCCGGAAGGUGAGGAGUCCUUGCUCGAGGAGGAAGCCACUGGGGAAGUUCCCAGCGGCAGUGAUGAAGACGUUGGAGAUGAGGCCGGACAGGAAACCGCCUCCGCCAUGGCCAAUGAAUGGUUCUUUGGCAAGAUCAAAGAAAUUUUGGAGCCAACCAUGAACCAGGAAACCAUAAGCGAAAUGAUAACGAACAAAUAUAACAGCUUCAAUGAAGCCAAUUCUGGCAUUUUCAAUCUAAUCGAAAACCUACUUGUCCGUACAAAUACCCAAGAACAAAUGGAACUAAGUAAAAAACAAAGAAGCAGUUACCUGUACAAUCAUUAUAACUCAAUGGAUUCGUCCCUCAAUGAACACUACAAUUUUGUCAACUACUCCAUCUACUGUAUUAACAAAGAAUUAGCUGCCAAUGUGGAGUUGGAGGCCACCAAAAUGAUAAAAAUUUACAACUAUGCUUUUAGCAAAUUUAAAAAGGAUAUAAAUUUUAAGGACCAACUUUUUGCCGACUUGGUAAAUGAGGCCGACGAGGUCUCCACCUUAAUAGUUAAUGAGAAAAACAACCAAAAGAGGAGGAUCCCCAAAAUUGAUUUCCUCAUGUUGGCAAAUAUCAACAGUGAGAACUACAACAACAUAAUCGAAUCGCACACUGUUCAAACGCCCAAGUUGAAGCUCGAGGAAAUUUUUAAAAUUAACGUGAAUUGA